AUGGCAUCAAUGAAAUCAUGUGUGUGGACGGCCGUUGGCGUGUUGUGUGUUUUGGGGCAAAUUUUGGGCUUGGACAAUGGUUUGGCUUUGACUCCGCCGAUGGGAUGGCUCGCGUGGGAACGCUUCAGGUGUAACACCGACUGCAAGAAUGAUCCUGAUAAUUGUAUAAGCGACCGCCUGUUCCGAACGAUGACUGAUAUCCUGGUCUCCGAGGGCUACGCAGCAGCUGGUUACGAAUAUAUUAAUGUGGAUGACUGCUGGCCUGAGAGGGAAAGGGACCCUCGUGGCCGAUUGGUGCCGGACAGAGAACGUUUCCCGUAUGGCAUGAAGAGUUUGGCGGAUUACGUACACAGCAAAGGGCUGAAGUUUGGUAUCUAUGAAGAUUAUGGCAACUUCACUUGUGCCGGAUAUCCGGGUGUCGUCGGCCAUCUUGCUGGAGAUGCUGCAACCUUCGAGGCAUGGGGCGUAGACUAUGUUAAGCUGGAUGGAUGCUACGCUCUCCCAGCUGAUAUGGACCAUGGAUACCCGGCCUUUGGGAGGGAAUUGAACGCAACUGGGAGACAAAUGGUCUACUCGUGCAGUUGGCCAGUCUACCAGAUAUACGCCGGCCUACAGCCAAAUUUCUCAUCGAUAAUCGAGCACUGCAACCUGUGGAGGAACUUCGACGAUAUUCAAGACUCGUGGGCGUCCGUCGAGUCUAUCAUAGACUAUUACGGAAACCAUCAGGACGUGAUCGUGCCGAAUGCAGGUCCCGGACAUUGGAAUGACCCGGACAUGCUGAUCAUAGGCAAUUUUGGUCUAUCGUACGAGCAGAGUAAGACCCAGUUUGCGAUUUGGGCUAUACUCGCGGCGCCUCUACUGAUGAGUGUUGACCUGAGGACCAUUCGGCCGGAGUACAAGGCGAUCCUGCAGAACCGAAAGAUCAUCGAUGUAGACCAGGAUCCACUGGGCAUACAGGGUAGAAGGAUAUACAAGCACCGAGGCAUCGAAAUUUGGUCCAGACCUAUCUUACCGAUCCAAGGCCAGUACUAUUCAUAUGCAGUGGCGUUCGUCAAUAGACGAACAGAUGGGACACCGUCAGAUGUCGCUGUCACUUUGAGGGAGCUGGGACUCAACAACCCAUCAGGCUACAGAGUUGAGGAUCUUUACGAGGACGUGGAUUACGGAGUGCUGUCCCCUCAAACCAAGAUCAAAGUGAAAGUGAACCCCUCAGGUGUCGUAAUACUCCGAGCGGACGCGCAGCCAUCGUAUGCAUACAACGCAAUACCCACAAGAACGCCCUAUUCACCCCUCAAUGACGUAUUUAGACUUUCCAAAUGA